CGAUAUCGCCGUUUACGCCUCCUGGAGAUGAUCGCAGAAUACAAGUCUACACGUCGAGGUGAAAUGACUGGACGUGUGUUUCCUCCCUCCAUGAAGCGUUCCUUCGUCAUGAUGAGAGCUUAUUCUGGUAUCCAGACGACGAGAAAGAACAUUUGGAAGCACGAAAGCUCAGGUCGGAAAGGUCGGUACCAGGCGGAGGGCAUUGGCGGCCAGUACAAGGCAUCCCCUUAGGCAAGGGAGAGGCAUAUCCUGUCCGACCUCUUUCCACUGUACCUCCACGACUUCGAGACUGCUCAUCAUUCCGCAUGAGAAGAAACUCUCAAGAUCCCUUAGAAUUCGUACUGUGCAUACGGUUUUCGUCUGGGAUUGACUCGGAUGAAGAUUAUUUGAUUCUCCCAUAAAUACAUGGCCGUCAGUUAUCGGGUGCAUUGAGAUAGUCCUCGAGUACAUGCAAUGAAUCGAGACCUACCGCGCAGACAGCCAUUAAUGGCCUCAUACUCGCGUGACUUUCAGUUUCAGAAAUUGGGAGGAGCCGUUGCGUAGACUGUCCUAGGUCUU